AUGAUAAAUAAUGAAAAUCUGCAAGCACCUUUCAACGUUGGACCUCCAGAUGGCCCUCUUCCUGUACUUAAUCGAUACCUUGUAAAAUCUAGCUUAGCUUGAUCCUCUACACAAAAAGCAAAAACAUAAUUGAAAUGAAAGGCCAGAUUUAGGUGCUAUAAAACAGCGAAAAAUCCCCAAAAGCUCACGCAGCACUACAGAUUUGAUAAAAAAAGGUAGAAUUUUAGGUGAAAAUUUCUUUAUUGAAGAACUAAAGGAAAAAGAAAGAAUUAUAAAAGAGCAAGCUAAUGAAAUAGACAGACUGCAGAGAGAAAAUUUCUCUCUUAAACAGAGAUUGAAUGGAGAUUCACAGAAGAAGCCUUUAAAAGCUGAUAGAAAUAUUUUUGAUUAUUUAGAUACUUUACAAAAGGAAACAGUAUUGUAAAUUUAGAAUAAAUUGGCACAAGAGACUGAGGAGAUGUUCUUAAAGCUUUCAUUUGGGACUGAUUUUAAACCAAAAAGUGACAGUAAAGCAGGUGAAGACUCUAUUGAAGGAUUUUCAACGAAAUCAAAGCUGAAGCAUUCAUUUAUAAGUUCAGGGAAUGAGAGCUUACAAAGCUCAGAAGACUCUAAACAGUUUUAA